CCGUGACGCCGCCUCACUUGUGGGGUCCUUCGCGCCGCUGUGGUGCUAGUCGAGGAGCAGGCGGCGUGGGGCGGUCAUCGCAGCGUCUUCCUCGGCGUCUCUCUCCCCUCUCCUCCUCUCUCUGUGCGUGAGACGUUUCGUCUCUUUCGCGUGCCGGGUUGUCCACUGCCACCGCGACCCCGAGAAGCGCCACCAUGAACAUUCGGAACGCCAGGCCCGAGGACCUCAUGAACAUGCAGCACUGCAACCUGCUGUGCCUGCCAGAGAACUACCAGAUGAAGUACUACUUUUACCACGGGCUUUCCUGGCCCCAGCUCUCGUACGUGGCCGAGGAUGAAAAUGGCAAGAUUGUGGGCUACGUGCUGGCGAAAAUUAACUCAUGCAGGGAGGAGGACCCAGAUGAUGCCCCACAUGGCCACAUCACCUCCCUGGCGGUGAAGCGCUCGCACCGGCGGCUGGGCCUGGCACAGAAGCUGAUGGACCAGGCAUCGCGUGCCAUGAUCGAGAACUUCAAUGCCAAAUACGUGUCCCUGCACGUUCGCAAGAGCAACCGGGCAGCUCUCCACCUCUACUCCAACACGCUGAAGUUUCAAGUCAGCGAAGUGGAGCCCAAAUACUAUGCCGAUGGGGAAGAUGCUUACGCCAUGAAGAGAGACUUGGCACAGAUGGGUGAUGAGCUGCGCAGGCUGAACAUCAAGAGCCAUACCCCUCAGGCGCUGAUGGCGCCGCCGACGCCGUUGGGGCUGGCGGAGUCCAAGGCCUCCUCCGCGGCUGGGCGCCGCGGCGCCCGCGAAGGCGCCGACGACUGCAGCGGCGGCGACAGCAAGGACGUGAGCGAGGCCACGUGCAGCACGGACCUCAAGGACAGCUCCGAGGCGUCCGACUCGGCCUCGUGAAGACCCCCUCCACCCCGGUCCUUCCAUCGGCCGUCCUUUGUGCAGGCCCCCCCCCCCUUUCCCUCAGCGUGUCUGGUCUGUUCUGGAUUCGAGGCACGGCCGCUUGCGAGUGUUGUCCACCACAGGGGUGGGGAACUCAUGGGGCCCACUAGUGGCCCCCCUGCCGAUUUUGUUUUAUCGAGUUUAGUUCCUGAAGAAGCUUCUGGCACGUGGUGUGAAACAUCGGACUAUGUGAGGAAUAGCACCGCGGUACAACCCCAAAAAACAUCAAGAACGAUAUUUAUCCAUCACAGCAAGCAUGUUAUUUGUGACAAUCUAGUACUGGAGGGGAAUAUUUGACCAGGCAAGACUUUCUAAUUUUGACUUGUUCCUUUCACUGCAAGGAGGGUCUCUUGCAGGUGAGUGCUCAUGCUUGGCUUUCCCAACGGGUUUUGUAAUCCAAUUUGGCCUUUAAGGAAAAUGUUCCCCACCUGUAAAUCAGCUUGUGAAAACUCGCAAUAAUUUUCCUGUACUGCUCUUGAGUAAACUGUCCCAAAGUUUUGCAGGUCCUGUGGUUGUCCCCUCCCUUCGUGACAAGCUUGAUAUGGCAAAUGGGCUGUUGUGCAGUACCUGCUGGAAUAAACGUGUGAAGGAAGAGA